AUGGACCCAGAAGCAACCUCAGUUUAUUUGGAUUAUUUCUAUGCCACCAGCAAAAAUCCUGAUCUUGAGGACACCCACUCCCAUGUUCCUUAUACGUCGGUCUUCCUUCCGGUCUUUUACACAGCUGUGUUCCUGACUGGAGUGUUGGGGAACCUCGUCCUCAUGAGUGCCUUGCAUUUCAAACGGGGCAGCCGAAGACUGAUUGACAUCUUCAUCAUCAACCUGGCCGUAUCUGACUUUAUUUUUCUUGUCACAUUGCCUCUCUGGGUGGAUAAAGAAGCAUCUUUAGGACUGUGGAGGACAGGCUCCUUCCUGUGCAAAGGCAGCUCCUACAUGAUCUCAGUCAACAUGCACUGCAGUGUCUUCUUGCUCACCUGCAUGAGUGUUGACCGCUACCUGGCCAUCGUGUGUCCAGCCAUAUCCAGGAAAUUCAGGAGGAGAGACUGUGCAUAUGGAGUCUGCGCCAGCGUCUGGUUUAUCUCCUGCCUUUUGGGUUUGCCUACUCUUCUGUCCAGGGAACUCACCCUGAUUGAUGAUAAGCCAUACUGUGCAGAGAAGAGGGCUACGUCAAUGAAACUGACUUGGGCCCUGGUGGCCUUAAUUUUUACCUUCUUUGUCCCUUUGGUGAGCAUUGUGACCUGCUACUGUUGCAUCACAAGGAAGCUGUGUGCGCAUUACCAACAGUCGGGAAAACAUAACAGAAAGCUGAGGAAAUCCAUAAAGAUCAUCUUGAUUGUCGUGGCAGCCUUUGUCUUCUCCUGGCUGCCCUUCAAUACUUUCAAGCUUCUGGCCAUUGUCUCUGGGCUGCAGCAAGAAAUCUACUUUUCCUCAGCUUUUCUCCAGCUGGGCAUGGAGGUGAGUGGGCCUUUGGCAUUUGCCAACAGCUGCGUCAACCCUUUCAUUUACUAUAUCUUUGACAGCUACAUCCGCCGGGCCAUCGUGCACUGCUUGUGCCCUUGCAUCAAGAAGUAUGACUUUGGAAGCAGCACGGAGACAUCAGAUAGUCACCUCACUAAGGCUCUCUCCAACUUCAUUCAUGUAGAGGACUUUGCCAGAAGGAGGAAGAGGUCUGUGUCACUCUAAAAGGGACU